CUCCUUCCCGCCUCUACUCCUGCAUGACUUGCGCCGCCGUCUCCUGCCAUUCCCCUGCCGCCGGCUCCUCCUCCCACGCUGCAGCUCACGCCGCCUCCAUGCCGCACGGCCACCAGAUCGCCGUCGACGUCGACCGCGCUGAGCUCUUCUGCUGCGCGUGUCGUGACCAGGUCUACGAUCGCGACUUCGACGCCGCCGUCGUGAUCGCGCAGACCGCCGCUUCCACCCUCGGCGGAGCUGGAUCACCGGCGAUCCCGCCUCCACAGCCUGAGAAUCUCCGGAAGCGACGCAGGGUUGAUUACCGGCCCUGGGCGCCGGAUCUGCGCGAGAGAGCUACGAUCGCGACCUGCUCCGGCCCGAUCGCUGGUGCCGGCGAUAAUUCCUCGCCGGAGUUGCCGUGGGGACUGCGCGGGUUGAACAAUCUCGGGAACACGUGCUUCAUGAACUCGGUGCUGCAGGCGCUGCUUCAUACGCCGCCCUUGAGGAACUACUUCUUGAGCGAUCGGCACAACCGGUAUUUUUGUCAGAGGAAGAGCAAUGCCGGUGACGGUGUUGGAAGCAAUGGGCCGAAGAGACGCGGAGGCAACAGUGGUGGCUCUAACGGGAGCAAUAAUGCGCGAGUAUGCUUGGCUUGUGACAUGGAUGCUAUGUUCUCAGCUGCGUUUUCGGGAGAUCGUGUUCCUUAUAGCCCCGCAAAAUUCUUAUACAGUUGGUGGCAGCAUGCAGCUAACCUUGCCAGUUAUGAACAACAAGAUGCGCAUGAGUUCUUCAUUUCCAUGCUUGAUGGGAUCCAUGAAAAGGUGGAGAAGGAUCGCCGCAAGCUGGAUAGUGAAGGCAGUGGUGACUGUUGUAUUGCUCAUAGGGUAUUCUCUGGUAUCCUGCGAUCAGAUGUUAUGUGUAUGGCCUGUGGUUUCACAUCCACAACUUAUGACCCUUGCAUAGACAUCUCACUGGACUUGGAACCAAAUCAAGUAGGUUCUACCAAGAAGGCCGCAGCAACAUCCAAUCAUUCUUGCAAUGGUGAGUCCGAUUUAAUGAGUUCUAGCCAAAACUGUGGGACAUCUACCCUAGUGGGUUGCUUGGAGAGAUUUACAAGAGCAGAGAGAUUGGGGUCGGACCAAAAAUUUUUUUGUCAGCAGUGUCAAGUCAGGCAGGAAACUCUCAAGCAAAUGUCCAUAAGGAAGCUUCCCCUUGUUUCUUGCUUCCAUAUAAAGAGAUUUGAGCAUUCUUCAACAAGAAAGAUGUCGAGAAAGGUGGACCGCUAUCUCCAGUUCCCCUUCUCACUGGACAUGGCUCCUUAUCUUUCCUCGUCAAUCUUAAGGAGUCGGUUUGGGAACAGAAUCUUUCCUUUUGAUGGAGACGAGCCCGAUGCUCCGAAUGACCUGUCUUCGGAGUUUGAAUUGUUUGCUGUCGUUACUCACUCUGGCAAGCUAGAUGCUGGCCAUUAUGUAACUUACCUGCGAUUAAGCAAUCAGUGGUACAAGUGCGACGAUGCUUGGAUUACUCGAGUUGAUGAGAACAUUGUGAGGGCGGCCCAGGGUUACAUGAUGUUCUAUGUACAGAAGAUGCUUUACUAUAAGGCAACAGAUAAACAGGUUGCCUUGUGAUUUUCACAGGAGAUGGGUCAGAAUCAUUGGAAUUCGUUGGUUUAUACCAGUUUUAUCACCAACAUAUACCAUGGUUCCAUCUAUAC